CAAGGAGAUGUCUCUCAGAAGCCAGCAGAAGUUGGCUGGAACUCGGGGAAUGAAGCUGCCCUCAAUUGUCCAGCCUCUAGACAUCAGAGAGACCUCCCAUCGCAAAUUAUCACCAGCUGACCCAAACCAGCCCAUGAUUCAGCCUGCCCCAGCAGAGGUGCUAUUUCAGAACUACAUCCCUGGUGAGGUCUGUGAAAUGCCGCUGGUUCUGAGGAACAGGGAUAAGGUUCCUCGGCUGGUGAAGGUCACCUUGGAGAACUCCCCUUAUUUCCAGUUGGUUGGCCCCAAUGGUGUGUGCCAUACACUACCACCAGGCAUGUGUUCUACUUUACGCAUCCUCUUCACCCCGGAUGAGAACAAGGAUUAUUUUCAUGAGCUCCACUGUGUCUCUAAAAGGCAAGAGUUUGUGGUGCCAAUUCGAGCCAUUGCUGCCCAUACCACCUUGGACUUCCCUGGCCAGCUGGACUUCUCGGUCUGUCCAGUCAACUACCGCACCCAGAAGACUCUGCUGGUUCACAACCUCGGUAACCUGGAAGCUCAUUACCACAUCAGCACUGAGAGCCCUUUCUCUGCCACUCCGGCCAUGGGGACUGUCAGCAUUGGCGAGUCCAUGCAAGUGACAGUGGAAUUUCACCCGCUGCAGACUGGUGAUCACUCUGCAUCCCUGGUCGUGCACUACCACACAGGUAAAGAUAUCCACACGAGCCUUCAUGGAACAGCUGUGGAUGUCAACAUUGGGAUGGACAGGGACUCUGUAACAGUGGAGCAGACUUACCUCACACUGUCAAAUCACAGGACCGUGGUCAUCCACAACAGGAGUAACAUCACAGCCCGCUUCCAGUGGAAGGCUGAUGCUACUCAGGAAGAGGAGGAUGAGCAGAAGCUGAGGCUGUGUCAGCAGAAGAAGGACAACGUGGGUGAUUUUCUAAUGGAGAGCAGAGAGAACAUCACUCACGGAGAAUACCGUUCCCUUUUCUCCCGCACCUUCCACAGCCAGAGGGCAAAGAUGCAAGGAGACCCCAUUCUGUUCUCUGAUGACAUUUUUGCCAUUGAGCCACUGGAGGGAGAGAUCUGUCCAAAUUCUUCGGCUGAAAUCAAUGUCAUCUUUAAACCACAAGCAGCCCAAGUCUAUACAAAAGUGGCGUACUGCAACAUCUCAGGCCGUGAGACCAGGCUGCCCCUGUGCCUCACAGGGAAAGGCCUCGGGCCCCAGCUCCAUUUCGGGUUGGAGGAACUCGACAUUGGGAAGAUUUUUGUUGGAGAAGCCCACAGCUAUGAGGUGAUCCUGUUUAACAAAGGACCUAUUGAGGCUCCCUUCAGCCAUGUCCCUCCAGCCACAGCCAUGGGCUCCUGCUUCACCUUUCUGCCCCGGGAGGGCAUAAUUGCACCAAAGGGGCUCCAGGCUAUCAGGAUCUCCUUCAGUUCCACCAUCCUGGGGGAGUUCAGGGAAGAAUUCCAGUUCAAUGUGACUGGAUCCCCUGAGCCUGUGACCUUGACUAUCAGCGGCUGUGUCACUGGGCCAACUUUGCAUUUUGAUGUGCCUGUCCUCAACUUUGGUGACGUCUCCUUUGGCUUUCCUCACACUUUGUCCUGUCGCCUGACUAACACCUCCUUGGUGCCCGUGACCGUCAGCCUUCGCAUUCCGAAGGACGGCUCAGGAAAGCCCAGUGUUACCAGCAUUGCUCAGAUGUCCAAUGCCACUAGUCCAUUCUGGAGAAAGGGAGCUCGAGGUCCCAUGCAGCCAAUGGAGUUCACUGUAACACCCUGCAGCAGGACCAUCGGCUCCCAGAGAUUCCAGGAUAUCCAGGUCACCCUGUGCUCCAACACUGUGGGAGACUACAAGCUGGAACUGGUGGUGGACGUGGAUGGUGUUGGCGAGGUGGUAUCGACGCUGCUCCUCAUAGCCAGAUGUGUCGUUCCUCCGCUGCAUGUGCUCAACCCUGUUGUGACCUUUGGACAGUGCUAUUUAAAGUUCCCUUACCAGCAGACGCUGACCCUUGUAAAUGACAGCAACCUUCCUGGCUGCUACAGGGUUCUCCCUCAGGAACACAAGGAGGCUGCUGCUGUGCGGUACUCCGCCCCCGAGCCAUGUCAGAUUAUCAAGGCUCACAGCUCGGUGGACAUCCCGUUUAUACUUGAAGCCCAAUUGUUGGGCGAGCAUGACAUCACUGUGGACAUUGCUGUGUUUGGGAGUGAAGGAUCUCCACUGAAAAUUCAUUUAGUGAGCACUGGACGUGGACCAGUUGUCUACACAUAUCCAAGUUCAAUAAACUUUGGGAGGAUCCAAGUACUGCAGGAGACUUCCCAAACUCUCCAACUCUCCAAUCAGAGUAUCAUCCCUGCAACCUUCUGGGCAGAGAUGGCUGACAAAUGCUCAUACUGGAGGAUCGAACCCAGUAAAGGAGUGAUCCCUGCCAAGACUAAGGUGUCUAUGACUGUCACAGCCAACCUGGAUGAUACAAAGAAAUUUCAGGAUGAGGUGAAGCUAUUCGUUGAGAAUAGCCAUAUGAUCACCAUCCCCAUCCAGGCUUUAGGCAUUGGCACCACAAUUGUCAUUGACAAACCGUUUGCUCCAGAGCUCAAGUUGGGACCACACUUCAGCCUCAUUCCCUGCUGUUAUCAGUUCAAAGUAACAAAUAAAGGACGACGUGUCCAUCGCCUGUACUGGACCACAGAAGAUUUCAGCAUGUUUCAGCAGCAUCAUUGUCUCCCUGCCCUCAGUAUCAAGGGCAAAGAUGCUUCGCUGAGCCCCAAACUUGCCAGUCCUGUGUUUAAGCUGCGACCACCAAGGAUGGAACUGAUGCCAGGCCAGACUAUGGAGCUAGUGCUGGAGGGCUUCUCCAGCUGUCCUCAAGAGGUGAAGGAGCACCUGCUGUGUCAUGCCAUUGUGGGGACAGAGACAACAAAGACACAGAUAAUGCAAACAGUGCUCACCUGUGGCUUCAUUUCUCCCACUGUGCAAGCAUCAUCCAAAGAAAUCAUUUUCUGUGUCGAAAAGCAACCCAGUGAUGUUCUGACUCUGGAGUACAAACCUCUGUCUUUGAAAAACACCUGCCCCCUGCCACUCAGCAUUGUGCUGGACUUGGAGCAGCCCUUCCUAAUCUGCACAGUGGACCGGCAGCCCCUCCCUGCAGGUGUCCAGCCCAUGAAGCUGGAGGCAGGGGAGGAACUUCAUCUCUGCAUCGGAUUUAACCUGGCUUAUGAGAAGGAUUUGAAUAUCCAGGUAGCAGAGAAGGCUCUGAAGAUGCGGUUCAUGGAGCAUCCUCAUGAGCAGCAGAUCACCAUUCGGGGAGAAGUCUAUUUCCCAAAUCUCCAUAUUCAGCCCAAGGCCCUGGACUUCGGCUGCAUCAUGAAUGACACUGAACAAGUGCAUUGCAUCAAGAUGACCAACUGCAGCCCAAUUCCUGUUCAGUUCCACUGGUCAUUCCAGGCAGAGAGCCCAGUGAACCCAAUAAAGUAUGCUUUCCAUGCCCUGCCGAUGUCUGGUGUGCUGCAGCCAGGCAAGAGCCAGAAGGUCAAGUUCAGCUUCUUUGGCCACGCAAACAUCAUCGCCCAUGUCACAGCGCUGUGUCAGGUGGAGGGAGGCCCCACCUACAAAGUGGCACUGUAUGGGGAGGCUUCUUGCCUCAGCUACCGCCUGGACAUGCGGGAGGUGGACUGCAGGCUGCAGGUGUUUAAUGAAGUCACUGAAGCAAAAGUCACCCUGAGAAACAAUGGGAAGAUUGGAUUCACAUACGUGGUGCUAAAUCCGAGCACUGCCACUGCAGCCAGCCUUCUGCCUGGUGUGCCCCUGGUUGUGCCCAGGACAGGUUACAUUGGAUCUGGAAAGGAGCAAGUGCUGAAAGUCUCUUACCUGCCAGGAAUGUUCUGCAGGACUUUCCAGGUCCAAGUGGGUCACCUGGAACCUGCAGAAAUCUCUCUGAAAGGAGAGGCAGUCUUUCCCAGGAUCUCUAUGGACCUGCCCUGGAACAUCAAAGGAAAUAAAAAGUAUGAGAAAGUACUGAAAGAGGCAAAAGAAAAGCUGGAAAAGGACAGGCAGAGUGGUGCAGCAUUUGUUCUCAGGGAGGCUGUGGCCAUGGAGCCACCCGUGGAUGACUCUGGCACUUUGGACACUCUGCUGCAGAUGGAGAUGGAGCAGAUGCUGAUAGAGGAACAUGCUCUGGAGCAGCAGAGAGUUCUCAGCUCCCAUCCUGCAAAGGACACUGUCUUUGACGAAUGCGCUCGUCAGGGGCUUGUCAAAGCUCAGCUGCCCGAGUACAUCCUGGACAUGGGCAAUGUCAUUCUUGGUGUCGUUGAGAGGCGCAUUGUGAAGGUCACCAACACUGGACUGUUCCCAGUGUCCUUCAAGGCUGAUGUACAUGUCCUGUGUGACACAGGUUUCAGCCUGGACCUGGAGCAGGUGCAGUGCCUGCCCUACUGCGAGACUAAGACAUUUGAAGUGUGCUUUGACAGCACCAACCUGCCAGUGGGAGAGGUGGAUGUGCUCCUGCCCAUCAAGGUAGCAAGAGGCCCCACGUUUCACAUCAGCCUCCGUGCCAGUGUAGUUGCACUCUCCCUCAGUCUCUCCAGGGACAGAGUGCAGUUCUCGGCUGUCCAGGUUGGGCAGUGUGUGGAGGAAACAGUCCUGAUCCACAAUCAGUUCCAACUGCCCUGUAAAUGGUUCAUCACUAUGAACAAGACAGUUAAGAAGGUGGACAAACAUUUGACACCAAGCAUGUGUCAGAAGCAGCUCCAGACUACAGAGGCUGAGCCCUGUGUGUUCGAGGCACUGCCCUCAGCUGGAACCCUCGCUCCAGGACACUGGUGCAAAGUGCAAAUCCGGUUUGCACCCACGGCAGAGAAACCCUACAGAAAUGUGAUGAAGGUUAACAUUUGUGAGAGUGCACAGCACCUCCCACUGCACCUCUCGGGACAGGGUCUGGAACCACGGCUAGAGUUCAGCUCCACAGCGCUCAAGCUGGGACCACUGCUGCCAUGCAGCCCUGAGGUGGAGGGGACAGUGGUGGUGAAGAAUCCAUGCGAGUUCCCCAUUGAAUUUUACUCACUGGAGUUUGAUGAGCAGUACCUUGAGGAGGAGCAGAUCCUGCGGGUGCUGAAGGACUUUGAGUGCCAGAACACCUUGUUGAUGCCUCCUCGUGCUCCUGGUGAGGAGCUGCCCCCAGAGGUGCUGGAGUACUAUGAAGAACAGAAGAAGCUGCAGGGUGAAGAGACAGAGUUCAAGGACAAGGAACCAUCAGCGCAGAGGGAUUGUUGUCAUAUCGCGCGCCACCUUGGCAUUGAUCUCUCUGCAGAAGGACUUGCAGCUGAAAAGCGCAGAGGGAUUGUUGUCAUUGUCCAUGGCGCACCACUGACAGGGAAGACAGAGGUAGCGGUCGCCCUGUCCAAGUAUUAUGGUGCUGCCUGCUUGUCCAUUGAUACUGUGGUGACAGAAGCCAUCUCAGACAGGACAAGCUCGGUAGGGCUCUGUGCCCAGGAGCUGUGCAUCAGGGCUGCCAUUAAGUACAGAAGCAAGGAGACAGUGAAUGCUGGUGAAAAGGCAGAUGCCUCCCUCAACACUAAGGCCAAACACAACCAGUCUGGCUCUGGGGACAAAGGCAGUCUGCAGACGCACAGUUCCCAGUGCCAGGCAAGCCCUACAGUGCACAAGAGGAAGGCAUCCUUCAAAUCCAUAGGCCAGAAAAAUCUUUCAACAAACUCCAAGGGCUCAUUGGAUUCCACUGCUCCUGUGCAGCAGUGGCUGAGCAUCUGCGGCAGCAUUGCUGGAGAGACAGGCUGUAUGAGCUGCGUUCUGCCUGAGGACUUGCUGGUGGACAUCCUCUCUGAAAGGCUGCAGCUGAGUGACUGCUACCGGGGAGUGGUGAUUGAUGGCCUAGAGACCCUCUUUGCAGACAGCAUAGCAUCUGCUCUCCUCUGCCUUCUCAGAGCUGUCAGCAGUCGGCCUCAUAUUUACAUGGUGAACCUGUUCCAGAAUCAUGCUUCUGGGAAAGGCAAGGAGACAGCUGCAAAGGAGCAGGAAGUACGGGAGCAGGAAGAAGCUGCCAGGAGGGAGGAAGACCAUCUCUGGGAGCUGAAUGAGGAUGAGUAUGAUGCCCUCCCUGAGGAGCAGAAAAUGCAGCUUAAUAACAAAAUACAGCAAGUCCAUUGGGAGUGGAAGAAGAGGGAGCUUGAGCAUCUGGCUCAAGAGCAUGAAGAAAGGCAACAGCAGGAACCAGAGCACUUGGAAAACCAAAGAGAGCUGCAGAAGAAGGAUGCCUGCCCAAUGAAGGUUGAGGAACCUGCAGACUCACAGAAGAGGGAAACCAAAAAGGAGGCACAAACAGACAGUGAGAAGAACCUGGCCCGGAAACUUAAGAUCUAUGAGUCAUCGCAGAAGGAUGUUGCACAUAUUGUGUCAUCCUGGGACAGGGUUCGGGGUAUCCUGUCACUUAAACAAGAGAAGGUGAAGCAUCAAGUGAAAGACAAGUCCCAGCCUUUAUCUAGACACAAAGGCCAGAAGAAGAACAAGAAGCUGGAGAGUGUGGAAAAACACAGAGUCCAAAAGGGACUCCAGUUAUCUCAACAAGAAGGAGGAAGGGCAGAAGAGCCAGUUGGAGGCCAGGAUCUCGGGGUGCCCUGCUUGGACAUCCAGGUUCCGAGCUCUAAGGACUUGCUGAGGACGAUCCUGGAGAGUGGCAAGCUGCCAGCAGCAGAGCAGAUCCUGGAUGUUCUGGGACUGGGUCCCUCAGGGCCUCCCGUUCCCCCUGCUGCUGUUUACUCUCUGGUCCCCUAUCCAGAGAAGCGGAUGGCCCCCGAAGCAUCAGCAGAUGUCAAACACUUUGUCUUGGUUGCACCAGAAGGUGCUGCUGCAGAAGACAAAAGCAGAAGUCUCGUACAAGCCACCCCCACCAGAGGCCAGUCGAGGAAGCAGAAAGCUACAGGCAAACAGAGGGAGGCAAAGGAGAAGCAGAAGUCCAUCAGAGGCAAGAGAGAUCUUCAGGAUCCCUCUACAGGAGCACACAAAAGUUCAUCUGAGGCACAGAAUAAACGGCUUGAAAGUGCUUCAACCCCAAGGAGACCCACCAGGUUGAGCAGGUGCCGGUGGAUAGUGCCUGCCCACAGCGAGGUGGAACUGAAGGUCCGGUUCAGCUCCAUGGUGCCAGGACAGUUCAAGCAUACGAUGCAUUUUGAGGUCCUAGGGACAAAGCGCCUGUACCAGCUGCCCUGCAGUGGCUCCUGCCUGUACCCCACCAUCAGCCAGAAGCCACGACUGGUGUUUCCUCACUGGAGGAAGAGCAAAAAGGAUGAUGACAUCAUCUUCAAGGAGUACAUCAUGAACACAGGGGUAUUCCACUUUGGACCACUGCUGUGUGGGAAGUCAAGAGAGUGGUACAAGGCACAGAACUGUCCCAGCAACAGUGAGAAGAUAAUCAUCCUCAAUGACUCCCCCUUGGAGGCAGAGGUGCAUUUCUCCUUUGAGGAUGAUGACAAAGCAGAGACAUUCCUUUUGGACCCUCCCAGCAUGAAGCUGAAACCAAACGAGAAGCAGGAGCUGAGCAUUUGGGCGUACCCCACUUCCGCUGGCCUCCUGGAAGACAAACUCAUCUGCUGCAUUAAGGAGAACCCAGAGCCAGUGGUCUUCAGCGUGUGCUGCCAAGGGGUGCACGUGGAGCUGGAUAUCAGCCCCAGGGAGUUGUGUUUUGGCCGGCUGCUUCUGCACAGUAGCUACAACAAGUGCCUGGUGCUGAAAAACCCCACCCCACUGCCCCUCGCCUGGCAGCUCACGGGGCUGGAAGACCUUGGCAAGGACUUCUCUGUGUCACAAGAUAAGGGCAUCCUUGAUCCUGGCACAGAAUUUGAGGUGCAAGUGUAUUUCAAGGCCAUGAAGGUUGUCAGCAUUGACAAGAUGAUUCAGCUUGAGGUUUCAGAUGCAGGAAACAUCCUGGGGAUGGUUCAUGCUGAAAACAUCAAAGUCUCUGUGGAGGUCUAUGAUGUUGCUGUGAGCAUCGGCAUACCUCAAGGUCAAGAUGGCAACUUGGAAUUUAAAACCAUUAAUGUGCAGGGCAAUACGAAGGAAGUUCUGAUUCUAAGGAACAGAGGAAAGUAUGACGUUGAGUACAGUUUCAUGCUGCGAAGUGCAGAUACCAAGAUAGGCAACUUGGCAUCCUACUUCACUAUCAAGCCAGAGAAAGGUGUGCUGGAGGCCUCCAAGCCCCCUGUGAAAGUUGAGAUACUCUUCCACCCUGAACGUGCAGUGAACAUACAGGGCAAAUCCAUCCUGUACUGCCAGAUCACUGAUCCCAGCAUCAGUAAAGGAAACCAGACCGUCACCACCAUCCCAUUGAGGGUGUCGGCAAAAGCUGUGUUCAGCAAGUACAGCAUUCACCCUGCCUCACCCAUCAGCUUUGGUGUUAUGAAGAAGGACACCAGGAAAACCCACUCCUUCGUGUUGGAGAACAAUGGCAGCAUCACCUUCAAAUAUGAAAUCGACCAAGCAGCCCUGGACACACCUGUAUUGCCAAGGAAAAGUUCACAUCAAAAGGAAUCUGCCCCCUCCAAAGAGUAUGGAAAGGCAGACAGAAUUACCGGCUCAGCCAGGGAAAGAAGGUCCUCACUGCCAAGGAGUGCAAAGCACUUCAAGCAGGAUAAACUCACCCUCGGCAUGUUCACUGUGUACCCUUGCUCCGGCCCUCUCUAUCCUGGGGCCAAACAGAAGAUCACAGUGGAUUGCCACGCAAACACACUGGGGACAUGUGAGGAGCAGCUGUACAUCGACAUCAGCGGCAGAGACCCCAGGGACCAUCCCCGCGGCAUUCCCUUCACCCUGAUGGCCGAGUCCUGCCUCCCACAGCUUGUGGUCAAAGACGUAGAGUCCAUCUUUGAACAGUACCCGAUCUGCAGUAGUGCUGACCUCUGCCAGAAGCUAGAGUCAGUGCAAGGCAGUGGUGUGUUCAUCAGAGAUGAGAAUGAAUUCAUCUUCACCAAUGUUCUGGUUGGGCACUGGGCCACAGCUCACUUCAAGAUCUGCAAUGCGAGCAAGCUCCCCUGUGAUGUGGUCCUCUCCAUCAAAGCCAUGCCUGGAGAG